AAGUCGAGCACAUAAGCUAGAGGACUCAGGGGGUUCAGGGAUCUCUGUCCCCAGAAAACCAACUACUUCCUUCUCCCUGAACCAUCUGUCAUUGCACUGUGCCUCUGGGCAAACCAUUUAACCUCUCUGCAUCUCAGUGCCGUGAACCACAAAACGGGGGGCAUAGCCCCUGGUCCUUGCAUCCCACAGGGAUGAUGGCGGAGGAGAGGAUACGAUGACAGAUAUUCUCCAUGAGCGGUAAUGCAUCGUGCCCACGUAAAUGCUGAAAGGCCACCUUCCCCCCUCCUCUGCCCUGUAGCCAUCGACGUUUCCUCUCUGGGGGGCAGUGACCCCUAUAUUUCUUGCUUAUUCUUACAGACCUGUCGUAUUGGAACACUCAUGCAGCACUUAUGAGGGACCGCUCAUUGACUUGAGGGGCUAUCUGGAUUUUCGUAUAUGAAGCUUCAUAACAUAAUACCAGAUCGUGGCUUAGGUUAGAAGGAAAAGAUCUUAAGGGGUUCAAACCCGGGAGUCAAAGCAAAAUCAUCUGCAGCCAAGAAAUUUUCCUGGCUGUCCCCAUCUGUGGUUCAGCAGCACCCACACAGACAUCUGGCCAAACGACGGGGGAGAUUCAUGUAUAUCACUUCCACUGACUACGACGUCGAAGGAAGGACCUGCUUCUGUCUGAAUUAUGGAGUCUGGUACUAGUUCUUCCAUAUGACCUUUCGUGAGCACCUUUAUGCGUAAAGCUCUUACCAAGUACAGGAUGAUCCUCUCAGGACAUUUCCCAGAAGUGAACUUCUUCAGUGACAGGCAGUGACCAGCCUGAUAUGUGCUGUCAAGUUUCUCCCAAAAAGCUUCCAGCAGGACUUUCAGCAGCACGGACUGAAAGAGCCAGUUUUACAUGCAGCCUUUCCGAGCCAGGGGUCUUAUUUAAAGAUAGCUUGGCUGAUUCCCAGAAGGCACUGCUAGGCGUACGACCCUCUGUUUAGCCAACUAGAAAUCGUGGUUUUGAAUAGCCUCAGUGUGACUGUUUUCAGCGAGAACGAGGGUACCAGAUCGCCACCGCCUGGCCGGCAGCAGCCCCAGCACGUUCACCACGGUGGAGGUGGGUGCCACGGUGAGGCAGUUCAUGGGCACUGAGCUGGCCCCAGAGUCGGCAUACAUCUUCAGGCUGCCGGCCAAGACGAGGCAGGGCUGGUCGAGCCGCUGGAGGGCCCCGUCAUCACCACUGAGAAGAGAGCCUCCAAGAGACGAGAGCCUGAACAGCCUUCUUCAGGAAUAUGGGAUCUACUACUGGGAGCUGGAGUCAGAGGUAUCCUCAGCCACCGUGUCCAAGAUGCUCAAAACCGCUUCGGCUUUACAGGCUGAGCUCCCAGCUCUGAGAAACACCGGUGUCAUGAGGUCAUCCUGAUGGCCUACAACAUCAUCGGCGAGAGCCCAGCAGCGCGCCCGUGGAGGUGUUCGUCGGCGAGGCCGUGUCAGGAGUGGGGAUUGCCUUCCUGACCGUGCCUCUGUCUCCCUUACUGGUGGUGUAGACACGGUGUGUCGACAGACAAGGUCACCUGAUGCCUGAGUUUUCUGUGACACAAGUAAUCCUUAACAUUUGCGUGGAAAGGAAACACGAGUGCCCCCGAACUCCAUCCUGUGAACAUGGGGAGACUUAACAUGAACAAGUGGAUAUAGGACAGAACAGGUGGUUAUCCAGCAGCCAUCCAUCAAAUAAAAGGAGAAUGAAGAGAGAAAAUGAAGGUCUGUCCUGGAACAGAAAUCUGAAUAUCGGAGAACAAAAUUGCAUCUGUUUCCAUAGAGUUGAAUCAAAGCUCUUUGAUCGAUUAAAAUAAUCCAUAAA